AUGGUCUCUUUUGCAGCACUGCAGGUAUCAAUGCUCAUGGAACGGGCUAUAGCUACAUGGAAAGGUGCUCAGUAUGAAUCAUACGACUCGAGAAUUGGCUACACUUUCACGAUUGCCUCGGUUAUCAUUUCCACAGCAGCUACUGCUUGGGUCAUGAAGGUGGAAGACUUCACCCUACAAUACCCGUACUGCUCGAGUGCAACUCCGAGUACUGCACAACGUUUACGGCUACUUUGUUUUGUUCUAUGUGGAGUUGAUAUUGCUACAAUUGGUGGUAUAAUCGCACUUUGUGUCGUCAACCACAUCGCUACAAAACAGUAA